AUGCAGGCAGAGCUGAGAGGAGAAGACUCGGGAGCCUUCGACUUGAGUGCCCAGUCAAUCGCUUCGUGGGCCAAGUUCGUUGGAGUCUUCACUGUCGUUAUGGGAGCGUUGUGGUUCCUGUGGAUUGACCCGCAAACUGGGUUCGGAGAUGAUUUCAUCAGGCUCUUGUCUUCCAUCUGCAGUGACAACAGCACAGCAACCAUGCUCCUCCUCCUCUCCGUCUUUGGUGUCGCCCACAGCGGUCUCGCGUCGUUGAGGCCGAAAGCUGAGGCGGCCAUCAACAGUUUGUUGGAGCAGGAGGGAGUAGGGGAGCGCGUUUGGCGAGUCCUCUUCGGGGUGGUCAGCUUGCCGCUUGCCGUCUCCUGCAUCGUGUUCUUCAUCAACCAUCGAUAUGAUGGCGUACAGCUGUGGGACGUGCGAUCCUCAGACGCGGUGCACGCCAUGUGCUGGGUAGUGAACUUUGUGAGCUUCUGGUUCCUCUACCCCUCCACCUUCAACCUGCUCGAGAUCGCUGCUGUGGACAAGCCCAAGUUUCACAUGUGGGAGACAGGAAUCAUGCGAAUCACUAGACACCCGCAGAUGGUCGGACAACUGAUGUGGUGCAUGGCGCACACGCUCUGGAUCGGCAACAGCUUCAUGCUGGCCACGUCCUUCGGCCUCAUGGUCCAUCACCUCUUCGGUUGCUGGCACGGCGAUCAGCGACUUGCGAACAAGUACGGGGAGGCCUUCGAGGCUGUAAAAUCCAGGACAAGCGUUCUGCCGUUUGCAGCCAUAGCCGAGGGAAGGCAAACUCUGCCUGAAGAUUACUACAAAGAGUUCCUUCGCGCCCCCUACGUCGCUAUCACUGUUGGAACCGUCGCUGCUUACUUCGCACAUCCUCUCAUGCAGGGAUACAGCUACCUGCUCAAGUGGUAG